AGCCUUAGUUAAUUCACCUUUAUUAGUGGCCCGUCAAAUGCACCAUCUUUAGUUUUCGAGCUCUGCUUUCCAUCGACAAUGGCGUCUUCGUCUUCCUCCGGAGUUCUUCUGCCGGUUCUGCUUCUUUUGGCGACGCUUUCGCUGAUUUUACCGUCGCGUUCGGACACGUGUGCAUCUCAGAGCCUUAGCAGCCACCGUCCGUACGCCUUCUGUAACGACCUUCCCGUCCUGAACUCCUAUCUCCACUGGACCUACGACGAGAGCCAUUCAACGCUUUAUCUAGCCUUCGUCGCCGCUCCGGCGAAGCCUGACGGCUGGAUUUCAUGGGCGAUUAACCCGACGGGGACCGGCAUGGCAGGUUCGCAGGCGCUCAUCGCCUUCAAGGAUUCCGGCGGUCGGAUGACGGUGAAGACGUACAAUAUCUCGUCCUACAGUGAGCUGAAGGAGUCGAGAGUGUGGUAUGAGGUGAAGGACUCGUCGGCUGAGUUUUCCGGUGGAUUGAUGAAGAUUUUCGCUACUUUAGUGUUGCCUGAGAAGGGGAAAACGACGGUGAACCAUGUCUGGCAGGUUGGCCCCUCCGUCAGUCGCGGAUUUCCUGAUAAGCACGAUUUUCUGCCUCCGAAUUUGAUUUCUAAAGGCGUUCUAGAUUUUUCGAAAGGGCAGAGCACCGGCAACGCCGCCGGCGACUCCAGAACCAAAAAGAGGAAUAUUCAUGGAGUGCUAAACGUUGUGAGCUGGGGAAUCAUGUUCCCGAUCGGCAUAAUCAUCGCAAGGUACUUGAGGACAUUCCCCUCCGCCGAUCCACUCUGGUUCUACCUCCACGUAUCCUGCCAAGUUUCUGCAUACGCCAUAGGCGUUGCAGGCUGGGGAACUGGCCUCAAGCUCGGCAGCGAAUCCAAAGGCAUUACCUACACUUACCAUCGCAACAUCGGAAUUGCUCUCUUCGCCAUAGCCACUCUGCAGGUAUUUGCAUUGCUAUUAAGGCCAAAAAAGGACCACAAGUUUCGACUCUACUGGAACAUCUACCACCACGGAAUCGGAUACGCCAUCGCCAUUCUUGGCAUAAUCAAUGUGUUCAAAGGUUUGGACAUUCUAAAACCCGAACAAAAAUGGAGAAAUGCGUACAUUGUUGUGAUCGCUGUGCUGGGAGGGGUCGCCCUCCUCCUCGAGGCCAUCACAUGGGUCGUUGUUCUAAGGAGGAAGAAGUCGGGAAAGACUACAAAAACAUACGAUGGAUUUGAUAACAGCCUCGUAAGGUAAGAAAGAACCUCUGGCACCGUAAUCUUAUUACCGUAGAUUUACUUUGCUCGGCCCGCGCUUUGAAUUAUGCCUUCGUUUCGUGUACAAAUAGUUUGUACGAUUAGUAUAUAUAAAUUAUACGAACACGCGGAUAUGUUAUGCCCCCUGAUUCAUUAUGUUCAUGUUGUGCUCGGUUUUUAUGUCGA